AGAGCCAGGAGGGAUUCACUUUUUCAAGGAAAAGGCAGUGCACACUUUGACACUUUGCUGUUGGAUCGACUGGUGCCUGGUUGCGUAACGGUGAUGCGUAAAAACCAAAAGAGAUAACAAGAAACAACUUUUACCACGAAGAUUUACGCACUUUUAUUUUUUUAUUUACAGAAAAGUUUUUGUUCGGGGGUUGUUUGGCGCAAAGGGCAGAACUUUAACUGGUUUUAACUCGGCUGGACAUGGCAGAGGGAGACUUCUACACGAUGGGAAGCCGGCAGAGGUUUCCCAGGGACCCGUUUGGAGAGUCGCCGUUCAGAGACCAGUCUCCGUUGCUCGCGUCUCGGUUUAUGGAAGAUGACUUUGGGAUGCCAGCUUUCCCCGAUGAUCUGUCCAUGGACUGGCCGGGCUGGGCUCGGCCGGGUCGGCUCGGCACGCGCCUCAGCUCCUCGCCCUUCAGCAGCAGUUUACGCACAGGUUUCCCCCCGCGGCAGUCCACGGGAGGCCCCGCCGUGUACACCAGCAGGUACGGGGAGCCGUCCUCCCGGAGCUCCCCCACCACCACCGGGGGGGAGCCCUGGAAAGUUUGCGUGAACGUGCACAGCUUCAAACCAGAGGAACUAAACGUGAAAACGAGAGACGGAUUUGUAGAAGUUUCAGGGAAACAUGAAGAGAAGCAGGAAGAAGGAGGCAUAGUGACAAAGAAUUUCACAAAAAAGAUACAGAUCCCGUUAGAUGUGGACCCUCUGACCGUGUUCGCCUCCUUGUCCCCUGAGGGCGUCCUCAUCAUCGAAGCUCGCCAGACGCCCCCGUAUUACCUCUUCAGCAACGAGGGCUCCCAGGGUGGAGACGAACAGGAAGUGGAGGCCCUUAAGCCCCAAGAGGCCCCUAUGGUCUAAACAAAAAAAACCCGACCUCAAUCCUCACAUAUAACAAAUCAUCCUGCACAAUCGAUUACAAGUUUGAUAUGAAAUGUGUGGCCUUCAGCUUCAUGUUGUAAGACACCUGGAAUUAAAAUGUGUAAAAUAUUCUUUAGGUAAGUCCUAUUUUGAUUUCUUUAUUAAAGCUGCACAAGGCAAGUUGUAAUGCAUUCAAGCAGAAUAGUGAAGAUUUGGGUAUCACUUCUCUUUCAUGUUGAAUGUAAACCCAAAAUGUCCAGAAGAACCAACAAAAAAAGAUAGUAUAUAUUAUCUUUCAGGCUGUUCUCAUUCACUUUUCAUACUUAUAGCUACAAAUAAUUUUAUGUGCGGUAACUUUUAGAUCAUGCAAUUUAGAUGUGCAGCCUUUUACGACCCGUAUAAACGUUUGUUGUAUGGCAGCCAUCUCUUUUGACCUUAGUUAUUGUAAAAAAAAAAGGGUUGUAGAAUAAAGAGCGAGAAAGUCAGUUAUAGGAGGAGCUUAAAGUGGAUGGAGGGGUCAGAAAAACACAGGACUUUCUCCCUGGAGGCUGGUGUUCAUGUUGCGUAUAAAACAAAAAAGACCGUUAUUUUGGUGUUACCCAAAAACCCGCAAGAACAGACGUCAUUAUCCAAACUAUAUAAAAACCUUUCAGGAACGUAUUAUAUAGAAGGGUCAUAGUAUAAAGAGUGAGAAAGUUCGUAAAAGGAGGAGCUUAAGGUGGAUGGAAAAACCCAGGACUUUCUCCCUGGAGGCUGGUGUUAUAUUGCGAGAACAGACAUCGUUAUACAAACUAUAUAAUAACAUUUCAGGAACGUCCAAGCUAACUAAUUAUCGUAUUGCUAAAUGUGACUGUUGGCUAUCUAAGGUUGGCAAAAGAGAAUGUAGAUCAAUUAUUCUUGACGUUCACAUUACUUCCAUACUGUUUUCACUGCAUUGGUAAAGCUUGUAAUGUGCCAUCUUCCUUAAAUUCAGUGUCUGCUUAACUUGUAAAUUAACUUGUGUGCAUAACUACUUCACUUUCUACGCCAUGUACGAAAGUAGUUAGUUUUGCCCAAACUCUGAGAUUUUUUCUUAACCUGACCAAGUUCUUUUGUUGCCUAAACAUAACCAAGUUGUUCCAUCUUCUAACGUUAAACACAAAAUAGCGAUUACGUGUUUAAAACAGUGACCCUUUGACUAUUCCUCAACAUUAAACAGUUUGUAAGAUACCGUUUACGAGGACACUAUUGCAUGUUUAUCUUCAGUAGGUAAGUGUUUAAACGACCUUCUGUAUUUAUCUUAAAAACAGUUAUAGCUUCUGCAGGAAGCCCUCAGUGUGUUAACUUGUCUUGUGCAGCUUUGAUAUUGUAUAUGGGCACUGGUGGACUCAUGGGGAGUCGGUGCCCUGUGCCACUGUGUUGGAAAAAAAAUCCAAGUUUAAUGCCCCUAUGGUAGAUAAAACAUGAUAAUGUGCACUUAAAGGUGCCCUUAAAUUAGAGAAAACAUGAUGAAGUUGCUGGGCCACUGAUGCAUUAUUAGUCAUAUAAAGUUAUAUGACACUGUACAUCAAUUAAGUUUAUAUUUGUAUUUAUAUUAACAUGAAAUUGAUGUAGUGGAACUGUCUUUGCAUCAAACGUAUUGUAUGUGAUUUCUUUGGUUUUUAAAAAAAACAUGACAAAUGUGCCUUUAUUUCCUUGAGUGCCUUGACUUAGUUUGUCUUUUGAGUUAAUGAAUGUCACGUAAACUGACAAGAAACGAAAGGAAGUUACCUUUUGUGGCUUCAUUAGAGGGUGAGUUGUGUGCAUUAUUACUGUGUUCUACCAAAGUGUAUUGUAAAUAUACUUCAAUAAGUGCCAAUUCAUGAUAAAUAAUAAUCUGACGUGUUCCAGGUUUUGCAAUAUGGUUUGCAUUUUUUUUUCCUCUUUUCUAUUUGAGCAUUCAGGAAGAUGGCUGCAUGAUUGUUGGAGCGGACAGACUCACUUGUUUGCCAAAGACGUUUGUUUCCUGCCUUCUUUUCUGUCGAUGUCUUUGUAUUGGCUGAUGCAAUAAAAACGUCCAGCCAA